CUUCUGGACAAUUGUAGGGGUUGCUGCCCUCAUCCUGCUCCUGGUGGCCCUGUUGGCUCGAAUCCUCGUCAAACGAAAGCCACCCCGGGACCCGCUGUUCUAUGUGUACGCCGUGUUCGGCUUUACCAGCGUGGUGAACCUCAUCAUAGGCCUGGAGCAGGACGGAGUCAUCGACGGGUUCAUGACGCACUACCUGCGAGAGGGUGAACCGUAUCUGAACACGGCGUAUGGGCACAUGGUCUGCUACUGGGACGGCUCCGCCCAUUACCUGAUGUACCUGGUGAUGGUGGCGGCCAUCGCAUGGGAGGAAAGUUAUAGGAACAUUGGGCUGUACUGGGUCGGAUCGAUUAUGAUGAGCAUGAUUGUUUUUGUGCCAGGAAACAUCGUAGGGAAGUUCGGAACACGCAUUUGCCCUGCUUUCAUCUUAAGCAUACCGUACACAUGUCUUCCCGUCUGGGCCGGCUUCAGAAUCUAUAACCAGCCGACGGAAUAUUGUCAUUACCCAUCCAAGGUCAUUCAAGAAGUCCAAGCGAAGGACCUGCUGAGAAGACCUUUUGACUUCCUGUUGGUCAUCUGCCUCCUCCUGGCAACUGGAUUUAGCCUGUUUAGAGGCUUGAUUGCUCUGGAUUGCCCAGCUGAUUUCUGCCGGUUUUAUACCCAGUUUCAAGAGCCCUACCUGAAGGACCCCGCGGCUUAUCCCAAGAUCCAGAUGCUGGUGUACCUGUUCUAUUCUGUCCCUUACUUCUUGGUGGCGCUUUACGGACUGGUGGUGCCCGGGUGCUCCUGGAUGGCUGACGUCACCCUGAUUCACGCGGGAGGCCUCGCGCAGGCUCAGUUUUCUCACAUCGGUGCUUCUCUUCAUGCGAGAACCGCUUACAUCCACAGAGUCCCCGAGGAAGCGAAAAUCCUCUUUCUGGCGUUCAACAUAGCCUACGGAGCCCUUCCUCAGCUCCUGGCCUAUCGCUGCAUCUACAAGCCAGAGUUCUUCCUCAAAGCAAAGGCGGAGGAAAAGGUUGAAUGAUAACAGGACUUCCUGUGGCGCUUGUCGAGAUGGCGGGAUUUUGAUUCCCUGGUCCUGGGGUUUCGUCUCAUUCCACUCCCUUCCCCUACACCAACACUGUUCUGCACUGAGUAUGUGAGCUAUCUAUGGGACCGCGUGGGUCAAUUUCUUUUUAUUAUUUUUUUGAAGGAAAGCUGAAGUUGUUGAGAGAAACAGUUUAAAGAAAUUUAUUCAAAAAUUUAUUGUGAGAAAACCUGACCAUC